AUGGAGCUGGGAAUUGCACAUGGAGAGCAACUGGGCACCUGUGGGCUGCAACCAGGCAAAUGGAAAAAGCCAGCUCAUAUGCCAGCUCCCCAGAAGGUGAGGUCACAGAAAAGCUCCGAAGCAGGGUCUCAGAUAUGGAUAUCAAUGGGGCAUCGCAUAAAUCAGGAGUGUGAUCAAAUUCUUUCCAAUGCAGGAGCGGCCAAGAAGGGGUCCAAAAAAAUUGUCAAAAAAACACCACCCAAGGGCGGCAAGAAGAGGAAGCGGUCCAGAAAGGAGAGUUACUCCAUCUACAUCUACAAGGUGAUGAAGCAGGUCCACCCGGACACCGGCAUCUCCUCCAAGGCCAUGAGCAUCAUGAACUCGUUCGUCAACGACAUCUUCGAGCGCAUCGCCGGCGAGGCUUCCCGCCUGGCCCACUACAACAAGCGGCAGACCAUCAGCUCCCGGGAGAUCCAGACCGCCGUGCGCCUGCUGCUGCCCGGGGAGCUGGCCAAGCACGCCGUGUCGGAGGGCACCAAGGCGGUGACAAAGUACACCAGCUCCAAGUGAAACGCCACAAUGCACUGAACAA